CGGUCCGGCCUUUCCCCGAACCUCGCGCAUAGCGGAAGCUUAGUGUAUCGGCCUGCCCAUGUUCUUGUUAUAAUACAUGACCAAGAACUUUUUUUUCUUUCUAUGUUGACAGAUCCAGAUGCUGAAGUUAUUGCACUUUCACCAAAAACACUUAUGGCUACAAACAGAUUUAUAUGUGAAAUCUGCAACAAAGGUUUUCAAAGGGACCAAAACUUGCAACUUCAUAGGAGAGGACACAAUCUACCAUGGAAAUUAAAGCAAAGAAAUAAACAAGAAAUAGUGAAAAAAAAAGUAUAUAUAUGUCCAGAAAAGAGUUGUGUACACAAUGAUCCUUCACGUGCACUUGGAGAUCUUACUGGUAUAAAGAAGCAUUUCAGUAGGAAACAUGGUGAGAAAAAAUGGAAGUGUGAAAAGUGUUCAAAGAAAUAUGCAGUUCAGUCUGAUUGGAAAGCACAUACUAAGACUUGUGGCACUAGAGAGUAUAAAUGUGACUGUGGAACUCUUUUUUCCAGGAAAGAUAGUUUCAUUACACAUAGAGCAUUCUGUGAUGCUUUAGCUGAAGAGAGUGCAAGAAUCACUUCAGUGGGAACUUGUAACAAUUUGAACUUCAACCAGCAACCAAAUUUGGCUGGUCGAAUUUCCCAAAUUGGGACAGGUUUUGCACAAGAUUUUAGUGGUAUGACAAGUGGGAAUUCUCUACAUCAUCAGCAACAAAAACCAAGAUUAUCACUUUGGUUAAAUCAAGCUAAUAAUAAUUCCCAGCUCAAUAAUACUCUUCACAUGUCAGCACCAAGUUCAAAUCUUUUUGCUUCCUCUAGCUCAACUGGAUUACCAGAUCAUAUGGUCCAAAUGCAAUCUCCUAAUAAUGUCUUUGGUAAUCAAAUGCAAUGGGCAAUUGACAAGAAUUCUGCAGCCACUACCCCUGCCACUUCAAUGACUAAAACCUUAUGUUCAAUGUAUUCUGAUAAUCAAAAUCAGCACCCAAAAUCUUCAACACCAAUGUCAGCUACAGCACUUCUUCAAAAAGCUUCCCAAAUUGGUUCUACCAAAAGCAGCCCAACUUUCUUUACAAACACUUUUGGUGUAAUGAACUCUUCAUCUUCUUCCUCAAACACACCAAUGUUCAACACUUUGUCCCAAAACACAAGUGAAAUGCACCAAGUUUUUGCUAAACAAUCAGAGGAAUACAACCCAACAGAUAAUGAGCUCCUUAAUGGGUGUCCAAAUAUGAGUUCAUUAGCUAAUACUAAAGCAAUCAAUUUGGAUCAGGCAUUAAUGCAAACAGGUGGUAUGCAAACUCAAGCUGUUUCGUUCAACUUCGAUAACAGUCUAACCAGAGAUUUUUUAGGCAUGGGAAAUGAAGGGGGACGGCCAUUUUUGACACCAGAACUGGCUAAGUUUGCUUCAAUGACUUCAGCUAUGGGGUUAAGCCAUUACAGUAGUGGUCACUAGCAAUAUGUCUUUUCACUUAUCUUUUUUUUUUUGUAUUACAAAAUACAAUAAUGUAAAAUUUGAACCUUAUCUUCGAGCUGGCUGGCUCAACCUAUUGGUUAUAUUUCUUUUUUC